AUGCCAGCCUUAUGUAAUCUCAAUUUGGCACAUGAUUCAGUUGGUUUCAUACCAAUUUCACUGGGGUGCCCUUGGACCACAACUAUUCGUUUGCCCAAUGCCAAGGAGACAAAGUGUGCCGAUGAUCAUGAUUCCACACAUUCCGCCAUAAUCGGUUUCAUCUGCUUCCAAAUUCCAAUUAUCAUUAGAGAAGAAACCAAUAAUUCAAGAUUUUGGAUCAAGUGA